GCCUUUUUGGUUAGAUCUCUGCCCUUGCAUCCACUACUGUUGCUCCUUUCCUAUCUCUUUUACUCUGUUUGGAUUCCUAGAAAAAUGCAAACGAAAAUAAAACAAGCUUUUAGUCUUUUAGUCUUUUUUUUUCUUUGUAUCUGAUAAUCGUGAGAGAGCUUAAUUCGACUCAAAUGAAUGGUUUUGUUGUUUUAAAAAUCAGUUGAGUGGGUCGGGUAUUUUUAUUUCUUUUUGUUUUUUUUUUUCCCGCAUUUUCUCAGCAGCCAAGCAGAGUGUGGGGUUUAAGAGAUUAUCGACUUGGAUUGUGCUGCUAGUUGCUGCACAUUUUCUGGGUUUCAAGUGGUUCCAACUGGGUUUGGAUUUGUAUCUCUCCGUUUAUCACUUAGUUUGGCUGCUGAGAAAAUGUAGGAAAAAGAAAGGAGAAUUCCAACAGUGAAAAAGACAAUUCACUCAACUAUGUAGAGUGGCUGUAUUUGGCUCAGUUCAGUUCAGUUUUUGUUAUUUUGGAGUUCUUCAUUUUCUCUCCAACCAUGCUGGGAAGAGGCUACUGAUUUUAGUGGCUCUAAAUCUAUAAAAGCAUUCUAUCAAUGGAUGUGGAUAACAAGUUCUUCAAUGCAGCCUUCCUCCUUGUGGCAACUUUGGUGGUUGCCAAGCUUAUAUCUGCACUUAUAAUUCCUAGAUCUAAAAAACGGCUUCCUCCGACUAUAAAGGCAUUUCCAUUAAUUGGUGGGCUCAUACGGUUCUUGAAAGGCCCAGUUGUCAUGCUUAGGGAAGAGUAUCCAAAGCUUGGGAGUGUAUUUACCUUGAAGCUAUUGAACAAGAACAUUUCUUUCUUCAUUGGACCUGACGUCUCAGCACAUUUCUUCAAGGCUCCAGAGUCUGAUCUUAGCCAGCAAGAAGUAUACCGGUUCAAUGUGCCCAUUUUUGGCCCUGGUGUUGUUUUUGAUGUUGACUACUCUGUGCGGCAAGAGCAGUUCCGGUUUUUUACAGAAGCUUUGAGAGUUACUAAAUUGAAAGGGUAUGUGGAUCAGAUGGUUAUGGAGGCCGAGGAUUACUUCUCCAAGUGGGGAGAUUGUGGAGAGGUAGACCUAAAAUAUGAGCUAGAGCAUCUAAUCAUUUUGACAGCCAGUAGAUGCCUUUUGGGUCAAGAAAUUCGUAAUAAGUUGUUUGCUGAUGUGUCUGCCCUCUUCCAUGAUCUUGACAAUGGGAUGCUUCCUAUCAGUGUUAUCUUCCCAUACCUGCCCAUCCCAGCCCACCGCAGGCGUGACCAGGCUCGCAAGAAGCUUGCUGAAAUUUUUGCAAAUAUCAUUGCUUCCAGAAAAGAAACUGGUAAGUCAGAAAACGACAUGUUGCAAUGCUUCAUUGCCUCAAAGUACAAAGAUGGUCGCCCAACAACUGAAUCUGAGGUCACUGGCCUGCUCAUUGCUGCACUCUUUGCUGGACAGCAUACUAGUUCCAUUACCUCCACCUGGACUGGGGCUUACCUCCUUCGUCACAAGGAGUACCUUUCUGCUGUGCAGGAUGAGCAGAGGAGCCUGAUGAAGAAGUAUGGGAGCAAGGUUGAUCAUGAUAUCUUGUCUGAGAUGGAUGUUCUAUAUAGGUGCAUCAAGGAAGCUCUGAGACUCCACCCUCCUCUGAUCAUGCUGCUACGUAGCUCACACACUGAUUUCAGUGUGACAACCAGAGAUGGGAAAGAAUAUGACAUUCCCAAGGGUCACAUUGUUGCCACAUCGCCAGCUUUUGCUAAUCGGCUCCCACAUAUAUACAAGGACCCAGACAGAUAUGAUCCAGACAGAUUUGCAGUUGGGAGAGAAGAGGACAAGGCUGCAGGGGCAUUCUCAUAUAUAUCUUUUGGAGGCGGACGACAUGGGUGUCUCGGUGAACCCUUUGCAUACCUGCAAAUAAAGGCCAUAUGGAGCCAUUUACUUAGAAACUUUGAGUUGGAACUGAUCUCACCAUUUCCAGAGGUCGACUGGAAUGCCAUGGUUGUCGGCGUAAAAGGAAAGGUUAUGGUGAGGUACAAGCGCAGAGAGCUUCCUGUUAACUAACUGGGAAAACUUCCCUAUGCGAUCUUCUUCGCGGAUGGUUGGCAGGUUCAGAACCCAUCCGUAAGUGUGGAUUUCAAUUCUGCUGUCAUUCCUUUGCUGUAGUUUGUGUGUAGAGCUCUUUGUCCUAUUUUUGUUGGAUUGCCAAAUUUACUGUUUGUUGCUGACUCAGGCUUUUGUCUCUCUAUGACAAUUGUCCUUUUUAUUGUCAAAUUUACUGUUUGAUAGUGUUUCUAAAAA